GCCGGCUCGUGCUCGCGCACGCAGGGUGGGGGGAAGAAGCGCACGACGUGCGCGCGCCCUCUCCCUCGGCCACCGCUGCCGCCUCCUUCUGCCGCUCCUGGAGCUGCUUGUGUGCUCGUUCGGUGCGGACCUGGUACCUCUUUUGUGAAGCGGCAGCUGAGAAGACUCGGGCGCUCGCUAUGGCCGACGAAAAGCCCAAGGAAGGAGUCAAGACUGAGAACAACGACCAUAUUAAUUUGAAGGUGGCGGGCCAGGAUGGUUCUGUGGUGCAGUUUAAGAUUAAGAGGCAUACACCACUUAGUAAAUUAAUGAAAGCCUAUUGUGAACGACAGGGUUUGUCAAUGAGGCAGAUCAGAUUCCGAUUUGAUGGACAGCCAAUCAAUGAAACAGACACACCUGCACAGGUAAUGAUCUCUCCUAAUAAUACAUAUGUAUAUAUUUUCUUUUUGGUACUGGGGAUUGAACUCGGGACCUUGUGCUUGCGAGGCAGGCAGCGGAACCACUGAGCUAAAUUCCCGGCC